AUGGAUAUAUCUGAGCCAGGUACUUUCAACCAAGAUCAACAACAGGCAAUGGAUUCAGACACUUUUAAUGAAUACCAGGAACAAAUGGAUAUAUCUGAGCCAGGUACUUCCAGUCAAGAUCAACAACAGGCAAUGGAUUCAGACACUUUUAAUGAAUACCAGGAACAAAUGGAUACAUCUGACCCAGGUACUUACAGUCAAGACCAAAAACAGUCAAUGGACAAAGAGCCGGGAAAUACUGGGUCGAAUCAAGCGAUUGUAUUAAGCGAACAGGAUCAGAGAGCUCUUAGUGAUAUAAAGAAAAAACUUAAAUUGUCUAAAGAAAUACAAAAGAAAAAAUUACAAGCAUAUUCUAAAUAUAAAACUGCUGGACUCAAACAACGAUUGGCGUUAUCAAGAGGGGAAAAUAUAUCUGGAUCAAGGCACAAUCCAGAAGUUGAAAAGCAAUUGGAACAAGAGUAUGUAGCGGCAAUUACAAGAGUAACCGGUAUCAGACAACAAUUGAAAGCGUUUAUGGAGAGGUAUGGUUUGGAGUUUAAAGAGCCGAAUUCGAAUUGA